CGAUCUUACACAGCCAUCAAAGAUGCACCACCGAUUCUUUCCUUAUUCCAUUUUUAUAAUAAAGUCUUUAUUUUUAUAAUUUUAGGAGAGAGAAAGAAUGAUCGAUCUAUCCAUGAUUCUUUCAUACCUUAAUUUAGCGUCAUUUUAUUGAAAAAUUAAGGAAUACCAAUACCCUGUUUUUUUUUUUUUUUUUUCACAGAUCCCAAAGAAAUUAACCCCAGAAAAAGACUUGUCUAAAUUCUUUGAAUUUCAGGAAUUGAUCUACACCCAUUUGAGGAGGGAGAAAAACAAACAAAACCCAGAAAUUUUAAGUCUUCUUGGCUUGAAGUGACACCCUUUUGAGGAGAGAGAAUGUCGGAAAAUAAGCAAGGUGGUGGUGGGUCACCGGGAGCGCCGGUAAGAAAGCUGAUUACAACAUCGGCGACGAAACCGACAUCGUCGGUAUUACCGUAUCAAACCCCGAGAUUAAGGGACCAUUAUUUGAUCGGAAAAAAAUUGGGUCAAGGUCAAUUUGGUACGACAUAUUCAUGUACAGAGAAAUCAAGCGGAAAUCUUUACGCUUGUAAAUCAAUUCCAAAAAGAAAACUUUUAUGUAAGGAAGAUUAUGAAGAUGUUUGGAGAGAGAUUCAGAUAAUGCACCAUUUAUCAGAACACCCAAAUGUGGUUAGAAUUAAAGGGACUUAUGAAGAUUCAGUUUUUGUGCAUUUGGUUAUGGAAUUAUGUGCAGGUGGAGAAUUGUUUGAUAGGAUUGUUGCAAAAGGUCAAUAUAGUGAAAAACAAGCUGUUGAAUUGAUUAAAACUAUUGUUGGGGUUGUUCAGGCUUGUCAUUCUCUUGGUGUUAUGCAUAGAGAUCUUAAGCCUGAGAAUUUCCUCUUUGAUACACCUUCUGAGGAUGCUAAGCUUAAGGCUACUGAUUUUGGUCUUUCGGUCUUUUAUAAGCCUGGACAAUAUUUUAGCGACGUAGUUGGGAGCCCCUACUAUGUUGCACCUGAGGUAUUGUGCAAGCGUUAUGGACCUGAAAUAGAUGUUUGGAGUGCUGGUGUCAUUCUCUACAUUUUAUUAAGUGGAGUUCCACCAUUUUGGGCUGAAACUGAGUCGGGAAUCUUCAGACAGAUUCUCCAUGGGAAGUUAGACUUUGAGUCUGAACCAUGGCCAAAUAUUUCAGACAGUGCAAAGGAUCUGAUUCGUAAAAUGCUUGAGAGGGAUCCAAGGAGGCGAAUAACAGCUUAUGAAGCUUUAUGUCACCCAUGGAUUGUGGAUGACACUGUUGCACCUGAUAAACCUUUGGACUCCGCUGUUUUAUCACGUUUGAAGCAUUUUUCAGCUAUGAACAAAGUUAAAAAGAUGGCAUUACGUGUAAUAGCAGAAAGUCUUUCAGAAGAAGAAAUUGGUGGUUUAAGAGAGUUGUUUAAGAUGAUUGACACAGAUAACAGUGGAACCAUAACAUUUGAAGAAUUGAAAGUUGGGCUGAAGAAAGUGGGUUCGGAAAUGAUGGAGUCGGACAUCAAAGCUCUUAUGGAUGCUGCUGAUAUCGAUAACAAUGGAACCAUUGACUAUGGUGAAUUUCUUGCUGCUACCCUUCAUGUGAACAAGAUGGAGAGGGAGGAAAACUUGAUAGCAGCUUUUAAAUAUUUUGAUAAAGAUGGUAGUGGCUACAUAACAAUUGACGAGCUUCAACAGGCCUGCAAAGAGUUUGGUCUAGGUGAUGGUCAUCUGGAUGAAACAAUCAAGGAAAUUGACCUGGAUAACGAUGGCCGCAUUGAUUUUGGGGAGUUUGCUGCGAUGAUGAAGAAAGGUGACUCAGGAGACGGUGGAAGAACCAUGAGGGGAAAUUUGAAUUUCAACCUGGCUGAGGCAUUGGGAGUAACCCCAGCCGAGGCAUUGAAAGUAAAUCCGGCUGAGGCAUUGGGAGUAAACCCAGCUGAGGCAUUGGGAGUAAAAGACUCCACUUCAGAUUCUAGCUAAAUAUUUUGUCUGCUGUACUGUAUAGCUCUGAAGGAUAGUGACUGGCAAUAAUGAAGCUGCUGAUCUGUUGAACCUUCACUUAUAUGUUGCUUUACAUAGAUUGGAUUUGAUGAAAUCCAGUUUUUUGAGAUUUUGAAUAUGGGAAAACUUCCAUUUACCUCAGAUGAAUGUGUGGAGUAGUGGACACAACUUUGUUUAACUUGUAUAAGAAUAAUAUUUAAGUUAUUUACUGAGUUAUCAUCAGGCUACAAUUUAUUUUUCUUUUUUA